UUUUUUACCUUGUUUUUAUUACAAUCAUUUUAACAUAAAUUACUUUUUAGUUUUAGGAACUAACAUCUAUUAUAAUAUCGUAUGUCAAUUAAAACACAAAAGACUCAAGUAUGCAACAAAUUAUGCAGUUUUUUUGUUUUUUUUGUAUUCAAACUACUUGCAUGUGAGUGACCUGAUGUGGUGAAACUAUAUUUCAUUCAACCUAUAAUUAUAUUUUUUCUACUGUUUUACAGUAUCGUAGCGCUUAUUAUGUAUUAUUAUUUAACGUAAUUACUAUCUUAACUAAUUUUCUAAUGUAGUCACAUGAUUUUUUUAAUUGUCCCAGUGUGCAUUGCGCAGAGAGCUGCUUUUCAAAGAUGGCGCUGUACCGUAGUCCGGUAAGACCUGUUCUCUGUUAUCGUCUGUAAAACUAUGACUUGAAAAAGACACAGGUCCAAAAGCUCUGUUAUAACACAUUCCGGUAAUAUCGGUCUAGCCUGACUUGGCAUUAGUGAAGUGAAAUGCCGUCUCCCAAAGCGCGGAGCAGCGCGGCGCGCAGCGGCAGUGUCCCGUGCGCCGGUGGAAACGGGCGCUACGAGUUCAUCUCUCUAAGCCGGACCCCGCCGCAUCUGCUGCAGAGACAGGGCUCCGACCCCACCGCGGCCCGCCUCCGAGCCUCCGAGAGCCCCAGCCGGCGACGCGGCUCGGGCUCGUCCACCUCCUCCACCGGCGGCCAGCAGCUACCGGAGGAGGACUGCAUGAAGCUGAACCCGUCCAUCGUCGGGAUCGCGCUCAGCUCUCUGCUGGCCAUCGACCUGUGGCUGUCGAAGAGCCUCGGCGUGUGCGCCUGCGAGGACGCGUCCUGGGGCAGCGUGCGGCCGCUCAUGAAGCUCGUGGAGAUCUCCGGACACGGGAUCCCGUGGCUGGCCGGUGCCGCCUACUGCCUGUACAAGAGCGACAGCGCCGCCGGACAGGAGGUCAUGCUGAACCUGCUCAUGGCCCUGGUUCUGGACCUGGUCCUGGUCGGUGUGAUGAAAGCUGUAGUACGGCGGCGACGUCCUGCCCAUAACCGUAUGGACAUGUUUGCCACGUUCUCAGUGGACGGUUAUUCCUUCCCAUCAGGCCACGCCACACGUGCCGCAAUGUGCGCCCGCUUUCUGUUGGCCCAUCUGGUGCUGGCAGCCCCGCUCCGCGUUCUAGUCCUGCUCUGGGCCACUUUUGUUGGUUUUUCUAGAGUUUUCCUUGGACGCCAUCACGUGACUGAUGUCGCGUUUGGUUUCCUCAUGGGCUACUGGCAAUAUAAUUUGGUCGAGAUGCUCUGGUUGUCCCCAGUCAUGUUGCAAAGCACGAUCGGACAGCUUCAGUGAGAAGCUAACACUGGAUCAUUGUUUCGAUGAUCUAGACACAUUCGGUAGCUGCCAGUAUCCUGGUAAUAAUUCCAUAAUAUAAGUUGCUUUAUGUGAGUUUAUCACGCUUUCUUGAAUGUAAAAAUCUCACAUCUUCUGCCAGUAAUAUUCAAGUUAUGUUCACGUUAGAUCACACUGAACAGGUAAAUGGGUUUAAGUUGGAGAAGUGAAAACAGACUUGAUGUUAUUUCUCUACUUCUUCUGCCAAUGUUCUGAGAUGGAUAAUUAUUCCAGUCAUAAUGAAUCAGCUGAUGGGAUGACCUCUAACUUCUAGCGUUCAUUGUUCUUGUUUACAGAAUAAAACCUCACCAUUUUUAUAACACCUGAAACGCUAGUCAUCACCUGGAAGAUUUUGCUUCUAUUUCAAUUAAAAACCAGUCGGAUCUCUAAUUAAUAUGAGAAGCUCUUCAAGAAUGAAUAUUUAAUUAAACAAGGGAAGAGGAUUUGAAACGUGGGUGAAUUUCAGUGCGGAUCUAAUACCUUUAGGAUAUGCGGCGUCCUAAAUAGACGUUCACAGGGGAGUAGUUCUGUUAUCUCUGAAGGCUUGUAUAGGGUUCCUCGUUACACGGAUAUCUAUUCUCGCUUUUGUGCGUUUUAAAGCUCUGUUCUGUGUUUGUCUUAAAAGAGUGAAGCUGUUCUUUUCUGUGCUUUUAUUGUGACCGUGUUAAACCACUGUUAAAUUUGAUUGCACUUUUUGACGCAGUCUUAUUGGUCUGUAGAAGUUUGCUGUAUUUUGCAAUGGUCUUAUUCGAAUUUGCUGGUUUUUAAUUGGGUUAAAGCCACAGCUGUUAGUAUUGAGCCAUAAAUCACGAUAUGCUGCAAAUUGUUGCCAUAUAUAUCGUAGGAGGACCUGUCAUAAUGACCAUUGGGUAGCAUUAAGCAGGUGUAAAUUGCACCACGCUGGGCCAUAAUUUUAACUAAAGUUCUGCUGAGUUGUGACGCUCAGACUGGACCAAGAAGUACUCUGGUAAUAUUACUAAUCAUGGCACUUUAAUAUGUCAUUGUACUGAGUGAUUACCAUUUAUGUACCUCAGUCUUUAGAUAGUGCAUAAAGGAAUAGCCUAGUUCAACCAAAAAUGGUUAUUUGCUGUAAUUUGCUCACUUUUGGGCCAUCCAAAAUAUUGAUGAGUUAGUUAGUUACUUCAUCAGAACACAUAUAGAGAAAUUUUUACGUCCCUUAUACAACAGUAGAUCCUCUGAAGUAAAUGGGUGCCGUCAGAAUGAGUCCAAACAGCUGACAAAAACAUCAGAGCAAUCGAAGUAAUCUUGUGAAGAGAAAAACUGUGCAUUUGUAAUUAACAUCUACAUCUUGGAUGACAUGAGUGUAGGUUUUUAGCAAGUUUUAAUUUUGAUCUGUCAACUGUUCCUUUAAGAAAUCAAAUAAUUCUAGAAUUUCAUGAUCUUGCCAUGUACAUGUGCAAAAAACACGCUGUUAACAAAGCACUGAUACAACCUUUUGUUGGAAGAUGUUACAAUUUUUAAAUAAUUAUCUCAUUUAAGUGAGUGAGAAAAACGGGGGGAUGACUGUCCCGUUUGCAUUUUGCCCCAUUAACUUUUUACAGUUUUGAGACGAUUAAAAAAUAUUCUUGUCGUUCUACUUCAUGUAUGUUCAUUUGGCCAAAAAUAUAUGGAUGCUAGGUUUGGCUAUUCCUUUAUUUCCACUGAGCACACUCUUGAUGCUACACAUGCACCCACAUUUAUAGAGAGUUCCAGUAUUGCAGCAACAGUUUGAAGGGAAAAAAAGAACAACUGAUUUAGGAAAAAUAAAGAAUAAUAUAGAUAUAGAUGAUUCUCUAUCUUUCCAUAUUAUGCAUUAUACUGAAUGUUAUCUGUAUUGUAUUUUUUUUCCCCCAUUUAAUUUUCAUUCAUUUUUCUCUUUAGUCUCAGUAUCAGGCAGAUGUCAAAUCUGCAAUUUCUGUGGGUUUUUUUUUUUUUUUUUUUUCUUCAGCAUGUUUAUCUGCAUGUGUUUUUAGAGUCUCUCACAUUCUGUUCAACCUUCUUCAGGCUGGUUGAACAGCAGCUGAAAGGGACUUUUGAAAUACUGUCAAGCUGACUGCCAGCUUUAUCAAAUCGUAAGUCUUCCUUUUUUAAAAUACUGUGGCAUGCUUCGACAAAUCCAACCCCAAAAGUCUACAGAUUUUUCUUCUUUCUUUGAUCUGAAAUACAUCUUCUCCAGCAGCACGUGCCCUGAAAAAAAUGCACAGUAAUAAGUUUCUGGUGAAGGUGGUGGGCAUUUUGACUGUUUCAAGAGAGCCAUAUGCACAUUUUUCCUUCGCAAUAACUCUUAUUUCUUGAAAGUGCAAUUUGAUAAUUUGUGCAAUAUCACAAUUGGCAGAUGGCAACCAAUAAUGUUUUUAAAUUGCAAUAACUUUGUGCUCUUUUGGCGAUGGUUGUUUGCUAGGGACCAUGUGUUGGUUUUCUUUCUUUAGGAGAUGGAGAGGGAAGACAUUUUUAUUCAAUGAACAUGUUUUUGGGUGUACAGUCCUUUUAAAUGGCUUCACAAUUGAUUGUCGUGUAUUCUGCAGUGAAAAGUGUCAAUUUACAUUCACUAAAGUCACAUUUACAAGGGAUGUUCAUAAGCUUAUUGUGGUGCCUGCUAUGACUGUUGAUUAUAUUUGUGAUGUAAAAUAUACUCUACAUCCAUCAUAAUGUGAUUGUAUUUUCUAAAUAAAAUCGAAGACAUACUGA